UUCAAGUGUGAUUGAGUAUAUUGUGUGAAGCAAUUCAAGAGGGUUAGCAAACCAUGUCUCUUGCAGGGAAGCUUAUGAGUGAAAUAGAAAUAAACGUAGCUGCAGAGAAAUACUACAAAGUCUUCAAAGAUCAACCUUUUAAUGUCCCAAAUAUUUCCCCAAAACUUGUUCAACAAGUUGAACUUGAUGAAGGUGAUUGGGACAACCGUGGCCAUGGCUCCGUUAAGACGUGGAAGUACACCGUAGAUGGAAAACCUGAAGUUUUCAAAGAGCAAGCGGAAUUUGACGAUGAAAAAUUUACAAUCAUUAUGAAUGGACUUCAAGGAGAUGUGUUUGAGCAUUACAAAACUUUCAAAAUAAUAUAUCAGGCCGUACCUAAAGGUCUCGAGCAUAGUUUAGCAGUUCUAAGCGUGGAAUAUGAGAAGCUUGAUGAUGAGAUUCCUUAUCCCUACAAGUACCUCAACGCCAUGGCCUCUGUCACAAAAGAUAUUGAAUCUUACCUUAAAAAAUGACAACCUUUUAUAUCUCGUUACGAGCUUCGUCGCUUCUUGUGGUUUUGUUACAUAUUUCGUAGCUUCUGUGGUUUUGUUACAUAUUUCAAUAUACUUACUCUGGUACUUGUAACAUAUUUCAAUAUACUUACUCUGGUACUUGUACUUCUUUAUGUUGUUGAAGGCGUGUAAAAAUAAAUAAGGGUUAUCCUCGUGCGUAA